AUGGCCGUCAACGACCUGGUAUCAGACAAGAAGCUGGGCGCGGUCCUGCAGACCUCCGGCUACGCCCAGGACCAAGCCCUCAAGCUCCUGCAGCUCCUCUCCGACAUUGCCCGGGCUGAGGAGGCCAGCGGCACCGCCGAGCAGCUGCAGGCGACGCUCUCCAAGGAGCAGAAGCUGCUGCUCACGAACAUCUCCCACCUGCGCGGCCUGCACCGCUCCGCCAACUUCGACGCCAGGGACACAAAGGCCCAGACGGCCGAGGCCCGCCACGAGGUCGACCGCCUGCACCUGCAGCUGCAGAACCUGUACUACGAACAAAGGCACCUCGAGGGCGAGAUCGAGGCGUGCGAAUCCCAUACCUACCAGAAGCUCCCUCUCAUUCCCGUCGACGACUUCGUCGCGUUGCAUCCCGAGCACGCCGACGACGACGAGAACGCCAUGAUGAUUGCGAGGAUCGGCCACGAGAGAGCGGAGCGCGAGGCCCUCGAGCAGCAGAGGCUGGAGCUUGUUGGCAGGAAACAGAAGCUCAUCGCCGACAACAAGAAGCGCAAGGACGACCUGGCUAACCUCGACAAGGACCUUGAGAAGUUCAUUGAUGCUGCGAAACCCAUUCAAGAACUCUUCGAGAAGGUUGUCUGA